UACACAUCCCUUGCAACCUCACUGCCAUGGAGCGACAGUUGUAAUACCAAGGCAUGCCUCCGCGUUACCAGGAAACCAAUAGGUAGUGUGGGUUUUCAAUAAUGUCGGCUAUUUUCGGUAUCAGCAAACGAAUGCCAGACAACCAUACUUACCAAAAUUCCCCGGACUGUCAAACGGGUGAGUCGUACAGGGUGCACCCACUGUGGCUGUUCAAUGAUAUAUACAGGUGGGUUUCCUUCGAGAUAAAGACUUUCAUCCAUUUUGGCUCUUGUAUAUCGUUUUACGGCACAGCAUCAUGCGCGUUGGUACCGUGAUCUCACUUCUAGCUUGCCUCGGCCUGAGCUCCGCCCAGGUCAUCACUCGCGAUGUGACUGUUAUUGGCGGUGGCUCAGCGGGCACAUACGCGGCCGUUAAUCUGCGCGAGAGGAAUCGAACUGUUGCCGUUAUCGAGAAAAGCGGUAGGCUGGGCGGCCAUACCGACACCUACUUCGACUCAGCUACCGGCACACACGUUGACUUCGGCGUGAUCUUCUACGAAAACUUGACGGUCGUUCAAGACUACUUCAACCAUUUCGGUAUCCCCUUGACCACCGUGCCUCCGUCUGGCGGAGAGCAGCCCCAGCGCAUCGAUUUCCGUUCCGGGACACCUGUCGACGCUUCGCAGGGUAAUGUCUCCGACGCCCUAUCCCGGUAUGCGGUGCAACUGCUGAAGUACCCCUAUUUAGCCGUUGGGUUCGACCUACCGGAUCCGGUGCCUGAAGACCUAACGCUACCGUUUGGCGAGUUUGUUCAGAAGCAUGACCUUGGCGCAGUGGUGGAUAUCAUCUUCUCCUAUGCGCAGGGUGUGGGUGAUCUCCUGCAACUACCGACGAUUUACGUGAUGAAAUACGUUUCGUUAGAGGUGCUGGACGCCAUUCAGAACGGCUUCCUCCAGACGACUAACCGCAACAACGGCGCGCUGUAUGUGGGUGCUGCGGAGCAAUUGGCAGCCGACAUCUUCUUCAACAGCACCGUAGUUUCCAUGGACCGCGACAGCGACCCGGAUUGGGUACACAUCGACAUACAGACACCAGACGGUCACCAGAGCAUUCGAACAAAGCAGGUUAUUUCCGCCAUACCACCCACACUGGAAAACCUGGACGGCUACGAUCUGGACGAAGUUGAACAAGGGCUCUUCGGCCUGUUCAGCAGCAGCUGUUACUACACGGCCCUAGCGCGGGUCGACGGCCUGCCUGCUGGGAUAACCGCCUUUAACCGCGCAAACGAGACACAGUAUAACCUCCCGCCAUUGCCGGGCGUGUAUGUCUUGACCCCAACCGCCGUGCCGGGUCUUUACAGCAUCUUGUAUGGGAGUGAGGAUUUUAUCAGUGAGGACAAUGUCAAGGAGGCCAUGUCGCAGGCCGUGCAGUAUCUGCAGGUGAAUAGUAGCAAUCCGGAAUAUGUGGCCUACGAAGCGCAUUCGCCGUUUGAACUGAAGGUAUCGCCUGAAACUAUUGCUAUCGGUUUCUAUCGGGAGUUGAAUGCGUUGCAGGGACAUCGGCGGACAUAUUAUACGGGGGCUGCUUUUGAUGCGCAUGAUUCAUCACGUAUUUGGCGAUUUACAGAAACGCUGUUGCAGAGGAUGCAAGGGAAGCAAUAAAUCUAUACCAAUGUUUUGAGUUGUUUAAUAAAACAUCUCCAGACCCGGUCUAGACUUAUGUGCAUAAAAUGACACAAUCAAUAUUCAGGGGUCGUCAGCUCUGUGACCUGCGUCCAUGGUACAUGUAAACUCUGUAUGUUCGA